AUGCCCCGGGCGGACCGCGGAGCGGAACCCUCCGAUGCCUGUGGAGGAGUGAGGAGAGAGAGGGCACACGGCGGGGCUCCCCAAGGGGCCGCGUCCUCUCUGUGGUGCGGGGCGCCCCGCCGGCGCUCCCGGGGCAGGUGCGCGCGCAGACUCUCGGCGGGGCGCUGGGGCCUUCGCGCACUUCAUGUUUUCAGAGCCCAGUUAAGAGGAAUCCUGCCUUCCAACACACGGCGAGGAGCUGCUCCUGUCAACAUCAGUCUACAUCUCAAGAAUUAUCAGCUAAAAGAUGGAAGCAAGACACACCACUUCUCAGCUGAUGUGAGAGCAGUGCGAGGCACUCUGGCCCGCCUGCACGGCGUGGGCAGGGGCCCGGUGAGGGCAGGUGGAGAAACAUCCCCUUCCUACCCACUCUCGACCCUGCCCUCCAGGAGAGGCUCGCUGUGUAUGCGUCGCUUCAUUUUAGCUUGCACUACCGCUCAGGAUCCAAAUACAAGAUGGGGGAUGAGCCGAAGAAAGAGUGAGUUGGCAAAAAGAUGCAUUUUCUGUUUCUUUUCUUCCUUUCCUCUGUCCCCAAAGCUGGCCCACCCUUGCCAACCUCAGUCCCAGGGGCCUGAGAAAGCCUGGGCCCUGUGCGGGGAGCAGCACCCCUGGAAAAGCAAAGGAUGGGCAAGACUAGUCCAAAAGGCACCUUUUCCUCAGGCCAAGACUUUUCUAACCAAAAAGUUAGAGGAAUGCAAGUGAACAAUAUUUUUUUCCAAAAAAUACAUGUAAUUCCUUGAGGAAUGUGGCACACAUUUUUGCAUUUCUUUACCUUGCACUCCUUGAAGAAAGUUACCAAAAAGUCAGUAAGAGCGACCUCUCACAAAAAUGCAGAGGGAAGCUACC